UCAAAACAAACAUGGCGGACGACUCUUCGGAUGAAGAUGUUGAUGUACAGAAUGGAUUUCUUGAAGAACUGGAGAUCUUUCUUCCGGGUGACUCAGAAUCAGAUAACAGUGACUCAGCAGGUAACGUAGGGCUGUUAAGGAAAUGGUCUGACGGGCGUUAGAUAGGGUUGUAUCAAAGUAAGCUGUAAUUUUUAAAAAAUCAGCUGUCAGUGAGCAUGGCAUUUUAUCUAGUUUUGGCAUUUCUAGCCACAUCGAUCUCCUUGAAGAGCUUCAACCGUACCUUUUCUGCAUUGGCAGAAUGAAGAGAGUGUACUUUUCCCAUUUUAGAUUGUAAGGAAUGAUUAGUAAAUAAUUCACCUAAAUUGCAUGCAUGCCUCUUUGCACGGUCUAUCAAACAACAUAAUAUAACAGUCAUAGGUAAAUUGGCAGUUCACUAUAGCACUGCAGUUACUGUGUCAUGUCAAACUGCAAUUUACCUGUUACUUCUCUUGGUUCUUUUCUUUUAACAGCUGAAAUUGUUCAGGAAAGUGAUGAAGAGCAACAUAAUGCCAUUAAUUUUGAUCCAGCUCUUCCUACACAGCAUCAGGUAUUGGACAGAGUUCCUUUUAUUUAGUCAGAAAUAUGUAAAUGAUGAAUAAAGGGUCAUAAUUGCUAGUUGUCCAGUUUGAUUUAAUUCAGUUGAUGUUACUUCAGUAGCUUCACCUUGGUUCUCUACUUCAGUUCUUCCCCGGAGGGGGAAGAGUGUCCAUCUUAGAGAUGUCCAUCUUAUAGAAUCGGUAAAGAAUGUGCCACUGGAUGGGGGUGCCCGUCUUAUAGAGGUGUCAGAGAGUUUUCAUGACUGGGUUGACUAUUAUGGUGUUGUAUUCUUGUAAGAGUUUCUAGAAUAGGGUCGCACAUUUUCAGGAUUUUGGAGGUCAGAAAAUUCAGGUAUUUAGGGAUUUAAAAUAGAAAGAUAUACAUCACAUUAAGUUUAACAAAUGUGUCAGUUCAUUUGAGGACAACCAAGUGAGAAGGCUUUAUAAGGUAGAUACAUAAACAGAAAGUGACUAAGAGGCCCUGCCAGGAGGGGGGGGGGAGGGGUCCCAUGUCGCUUGUCUGAAUUUUAAAGGGUCUCGUGUCGGUGUUUAUAAAUGCUUCAGGUUGCUGUCAGAAAUUGAACCAAAAUGCUUUGUCUUUGUCAAAAUUUUAGAAAAGGGGGAUAGUGAUGAAAUGAGAAGAAACCAUAUACAGUUCUGCUAUUUCUCAGUUUACAUAAGUACAUUUUGCGAAUAAAACACCCAUUUAUCGCCAUUCAAAAUUAACACAAUUCACAGUAGGAUCCACUGAAGCUCCACUGACAAGAGGCGUUCUUUGAAGUGCAAGGAGAAUUGACGAAAAUUACUUCUUCUUGGCAUUCAGACUGGUGAUAAAUUACUUCCAAACCACUGUUCUUUUUUGCUUAUUCCUAGCUUUGCCAUCACAGUUGCAAUUUGGCCGAGGGGGGGUGUCUCUUGUCGCGAUUUCACUUAACGCCCUGUCGCUACUUUUUUAGUCAUGUUGCUUGUCGGAAUUUACCCUGGCACAGGGCUGCAAAUAACGGCCGGUCAACGGACAAUGUCCGGCCUGAUCGCGGACUUGACCGGUCAAACUCCGGUCUUGCCGGUCAUUUUGACCGGUCACUUUUGGAUACAAACACUUUAUUUUCCAUACAGUUGUCGCUAAUGCUCUAUAACGCUGCAAUGAUUUCUUUUUUCUUUGGCGUUUUUUUGCUGCUUUGCACUAAACCCUUCUAAGAAAAAGAACGCCGCAAUAAAUUAAUUUCAUGUCGCGUCAUGUCGUAAUCUAACGCAACAAAGUGAAUAACAAACUGAGUUGGAAAGUAACAUAACGUUGCAAGUCGUACUGUACUUUCGGCUGUGCUGUAAUCAGCAAUGUGACCUUCUUUGGGAAUUGAAGGAAUUCAGGCAAAUCGAUCGCAAUUCUCAACAGGUCGCCCUGUGUUUCUCCGGGAAUAAAUGUUCGGCGCAUCGAUUAAUAAUAAUUUAUUUUCUGUCGAACAUGAAUCUCGUUUGCAGACUCGAUUCCAGAAUGGUCUGAUAAAAAUUUAAGCUACUCAAGAGGGAAGGUCGCCGCUCUAUCGCGACGCUAGAUCCUCGUUCUUGUAAACAACUUUAUGCAAAUUUCUGUUGACAUUUGAGCCCUUCGCGAUAAAAUGUUGCGCGAUGACCCAAAUUUAUUUAUUGACUUCUGAUCAUCAACACGCUGUUUGUGGAACAAACUUUCGCCAAUGCAAAUCAACUUUUUGCGAAAAUAUCAGCGACGAUUCUUCUUUGAGGAAGUGACUUUCGAUCACGUGCCAGGCAAGGAAAAAGAUCAAGUUUCACCGAUGUUCAUUUCGAACAUCAACGUAAAAACAAGCGUGUGCAGAUUUUGUAAAAUAACACAAUUUUUUUUUUUUUUUUCGUAAUUUCUAAAGUUUUCUGAAUUGUAUGUGUAUUCCGUUUCCUGAACCUUGGGAGUUUGAAAAGGAUUUACGCUUCACUUUUUACCUCUAGAGACUUCAGACACCGCCGUGCAAUGAUCCUCUAGGUAGAACGUAUUAAACAAUAAAACGCGUGAAAACCGCGGAAAGGAACUCUACAACGUGCGAAUGCAUUUUUCACCAAUUUGCUGUCAAAAAUGUGAACGUCAGUGUAGUAAUAACGAUCUAUUGCCAACAUAAUUGGAUAUUCCUUAGGCAAAAAAAAAAAAUUAUUAGUAUUCAUUAUUUGACCGGCCAGAAUCGGGGUUUGUCCGGGCUACAAAACAUUUGGCCGGUCAUCAUGACCGGCAACCUGCUGUCCGUUAUUUGCAGCCCUGCUGGCAGGGCCUCUGACUAAGGUGGGACUGCAAAAAUUACUUUUUUCCCGAAGAGUGACUAAGAUGGGGUCUAUAAUGUUGCCACAGAAUAGACUAUAAUAGAGUAGGGGUUCUGAGAGGCCAGCGGCACAUACCCAGCAAAAAUUAACCCAAGUAGCUCCCCACCACCCCAGGAGUUCCUCAUUGGAAGAUUAUGGAGUGGAAAAAUUAUAUAUAUUAUUUUUUCACAUUACUUUACAUGAGUUUGUGAGAUUCAUACAUGGGCUAAAGAUCUUCGCAAGCUCUAUAGUAAACUUUUCUAACCAUAUCCCAGAGUUAACAGUCUCUGGGUUUUACCUGGAUAAGUACCUUAAAAAAACUGAAAAAGGUAUUAAUGUGAUUGCAGUAUCUUGGUGAGGAGAUGGACGAGUUCAGUGGUCGUACAUACUAUGAGCCUGGUUCUAACAUUGUUCUUCCACUGCUGAUGUUACCGGGUUUGGUCCUUGUCCCUGGGCAAACAUUGCCUCUUCAUUUGUUCCAGCCCCAGGUAACAGAGAUUGAUGUUAUAUAUACAUCUUUUUUGAAACAUUUUACUAGUAAUUCAGUCCUUGGACUGCAAACUGUGAAUUAUAAUAAACAGUCUACAGAUAUCUAUUUAUCUACAUGUAUCUAUGCAGCAGUUGCAUUUGGUACCAACUCAGAUAAUAAUCCCAAAUCAUUUGUUUCACUUCCUGUCUGUUGCAGCAUCACAACUUGCUUUAUAGAAACUGACAACCAAAUCUAUUGUUUAAAGCCGGGCUGUUUACUUCAUGAUCUUGUUUUUUUUUUUCAGUCAGUUGCCAUGAUGAAGAAUAUUGUAGAAAAGGACAGGACCUUUGGCUUAGUGAAUGCCAGGUAAGGGGUUUGCUAGGCCUGGUUCAGUCUCUGACCUUUUUACAAGCCAAAACUAAUACCUUGAAAUGAAAAGAUUGGUCUCUGAAUCAAUAAAGAACUGUACGUGAGUUGUAACAGCUUUGAGCAACUUGUUCAUUCUUCAAAUACCUGGCUGGCCAGGAAUUUGACUUAUACGUAACUUGGCAUGUCCCUAUAGGCAAAAAAACAUAUUUAUUUGGCAAUUUCACUAAUUCUUGCUUCAAAUUGUGUUGCUGUUAAAAUAAUGUACUAUGACUUUGGGUGCCAUCUAAUAAUGUCCCCGCCUGGCCCACUCAUUUCCUUGGUGAUGAGGACGUUUUUGCACAGGGCCCAAACAGGUACUUGACAUCUGUCACUUUUGGCUGGUCCAAACUUUGAAUUAAGUUUGGCUCACCAAAACGUUGGCAUCUGAACUGGGCCAUUUUUGACUAUUUUGAUGUUUUAAAACAGUUCUGUUGCAAAAUUAAAAGUGGUUAUUGAAAUCUGCUUGCCAUUACAUGUAAAAUUAUGUUAAUUUCCAUAGAUAUGGUAGCAGUCAAAACCAGUUGUUAGCAGCCAUUGGAACAACAGUUGAGAUUUUCUCCAUGAAAGAAGAAGCUGAUGCUGGGAUAUGCACGCUAAGAAUUAAAGCUAUGGGCCGGCAAAGAUUUAGAAUUAAAGAACUACGCAGACAAGUUGAUGGGUGAGUAUCAUCAAAAGAUCAGAGUGCUCAGUAGUUAUAGAACAAGUUUUUAUACUGUAACAAUUUAUUCUUAGAACAAGGUUAGGGUUGUUCUUUGUAAUAAUUAUUGAAGAAUAUCAUUUGUCUCAAGAUAUUUGAAAGAGGCAAUGUAGUCGAGUGGUUAGAGAAUUGGACUUGCAAUCCAGAAUGCCUGAGUUCAUGUCCCACUCUGACUGCUACAAUGUAGCUGGAUUUGUCAUAGCUAGUCCCAUAUGCUAGAAAGUAGCCAACUUCUUUGCUUCUGGCCGGUUGAAAUUCUUACGUGUUAAAUUAGUUCAUUUCAGUAUUAAUAUACAUUUGUAUUAUUGUUUGUUGCUUCCCUUAAUCAUGGGCUGCAAUGUAAAGUAGUGGAUUACCAGUGACUACCCUAUCCUGAGAAUACAUCUAACAUUUUGCAAUGCCACAACUGGUUUUCCCUGCAAAAUGAUCUCAGAUCUGGGUGUGUAGUGCUUCUGAUUGGAUGAAGCAAAUUUUCAACCAAUCAGAAGAAAAGUACCCAAAUCUGGGUAGUGACAGGUCAUCAGGGUGUGGAAUUUCUGCGCUCAUUACUCAGACAUCGUUUGACGCGGAAAUUAUAGUAGUGAGAUGACGUAACAAAAUAACCCAGCUGUUUACUCAGGCAGCUACAGGUAUUUCCCCUAUAAAAAGUCAAUAAGUCAUAGUCAAUCAUUUGAGAUGUAGAUAGUAGUGUUCUUCAGGUAAGGCAUUUGAUUGCCUGAGAUGCUAUAAGUCCCAGCCUAGGGUUUAGUUGAUUCGCCUAUCAUUCAUUCUAAGGCUUUGUUUGCCUCCUCUUUAUCCAGUAUCCUACAGGCAACAGUCCACAUCCUUCCAGAAAUCAGUCUUCUUUCUCACCCUGAAGGUUCACUUUGGUCCUGUUAUCACAAAUUUGGUUGCCAGGCAACCACAGAUGGUGCCCUUGAAAAGCCGUACCAGGUCUCUAUGGGCAAAAACAGGCUGGGAAAGACUAAGUACCAGAAGGUGAGAGAAAUUUACACAUGUUAGGAGACAAAUUUAUUCAAGGCAGUAAGAGAAGCAAGAGGGUUUUUUGCAAGAACUGUUUUGUUUUUAAUCUCAAACUCAGUUUGAAUCUAAUCUAAUGUGCAAUGAGAUACAUGUAAGACAUUUUUCAGCAGUGUUAGAUUCUUUCAGCUGUACUUUUUGUGACAAAAAUCAUUGGGGCACCACUUUUGCUCAAGGGGCAAGCUGACAGCUUGGAAGAAAUAUUAUAGUGAGUUAAAUUGGUGGAGAGGAAAAACUUCUUUUUUGGUGGAAGCCACAAUGUAGCUAGCAGGAGCAGGAGAGAGUACCCUCCCCUCCCUCUGCUCUGAAGAAAUUCUAAUGCCCACCCCACACACCCUGGGUACUUAUGUUCAGAUUUUAUGCACCUUGUCCAACGUGGUAGCUCUCAAUCUCACACUAUUAAUAUAUCAUAAUAGGACUGAGUGGAGUGCAAUUCGGUUUGUAACCAUACAAGUGAUUAACAAAAUCAGAUGACCAUGUUGUGGGAGACCGAAUUGGACGACAUGAAGUUCUGUUAAAUUACCAAUUAAUGAUAACUAUUACAAAACUUGUGAUAUGUUUGGCUUUUGUAAAUCAAAACACAAUAAAAUCCAAGAAUUUUUGCCAGCAGUGAAAAAAAAAUGCCAUUUAGGUGGGUGUGUGAUGGUGCGUAUGGUCCAAUUUCUUAGGCAUGACACGUACUGUCCUGUUAGGCUGAAAUCAGGACAGUUGAUAGCGAAACAGAUUUGAGAGUUUUGUUAUAGUUAUGAUUAAUUUGAUAAUCAUGUCUAAGAGGUGAUGACUGUCAGACAGUGUUAAAUAAUGCUUUUCUUUGUAAUAGUGUCUAAAUAAUAAAGAUAUUAUCUGCUACAUGUAAUUAGUGUUGCUGUUUAUUAUGUACCUGUAGGUAGCCAUCAGUCUAAGUUCAUGGCCAAGAUGGGUGUAUGAACUCUACAAUCCCGUAAGUUGUCUCAGACUUUAGAUUGUUAUGGUCACACAAUAAGAUUUCACGACAGACCCAAAAGUUAGAAAGUACAUACUGAAGUAAAUAGUUCCAUUAAAUAGUACCAUGUGAGAACACUGCUAAAGAAGUUUAAUUUGAGUGUUCAACCCAUAAGAUUUCAUUCACGGACACAGACCCUAAAGUCGCAACUAUGUACAAAACAAAUAGUACCAUGAGAAAGCACUGCUGAAGAGGUGUCAUUUGAAUGGUAACACCAUAGGAUUAGAACUACAUUCAAAACAAAUAGUGCCAUAUGAAAGCACUGCUGAAUAGGUUUCAAGCUAAUAGUCUACACUAUGAGGCACAUGGCAUAUUUUGUGCUAGACUGAAGAGUGGUGCAAACUUUUUCUGUCCUUAGCUACUAUGGGCCUAGUUAGUCUAAACUGGUACGCGUUUUCUGAUAAAACUACAUUAAACCGAAACAAAUUGAAUGUAAUGUUUUCACAGAAAAGACUAAACGUCUGCAACACUAUUUUCUUUAUGUUGUUCUCUAUCACUUUUUUGUAAAUAUUUCCGUACUUCCAGAAAAAAUACGACUCAUUUUGUAUUGUCGACAUUGCUUUGUAAUUAGAUAUAUUCUCUAUAAUUCUUACCCUAUUGUAGAAAUAUCUACAAAAUUUAAAAGAGUCCUAACUUUUGUCAAAAUUAUUUGUAAAUAGCUUUCAAGAAAGUUUCUACUCUAUUGAUUAUCUUUCAGUUUGUGUUAAUGGAGUUAAUAAAGAAGGAACUAAAAAGUUGGAGUGAAACUCUACGGAUUGACAAUGUCCCUAAAGCGCCAACAGGUAGGUAUGGCUGCACUCACGUACUUUGGAAAGGAAAAUUAAAGACGUUUUGACUAUUAAAAUUAAAAUUACUGUUAGAAAUCAUAAAGCUAAAAAAAAGUAAAGGCGCACAUGAGCCAAAGGCCCAAACGGCAGGAGCUUCUCCCGGUUUCCUUAGCAUGAAGCAUGCCAAGGAGUAUUGCUACUGCCCCCUGGACGGGAUGCUAGUCCAUCGCGGGGUUACCCCCCAGCAGUAUGCCGCCGGUACCCAUUUAUACACCUGGGUGAAGAGAGACAAAGUGGCCAGUAAACCUGGAAUUUUCUUGUCUAAGGAAACAACGCGACGGGUGAGGCUUGAACCCUGGACCUCCAGAUCCGGAGUUCGAGGUGUUAACCGCACGAUUACUCACGCCUCCACAGAAAUCAUAAAGCUUAUCGUGAAUUUAGUAUGACUGUAGUGUCUUUGAGAGUUUCAUUCAGUGCGCUUGUUAAAUCGGGCCCGGUCCACACGAGUCUGGGCAUUUUUGAACCUGCUUAUUUAUUUACGCGGAAUCGUGUGGACGACGCUUAAUAACAACUCUAGAUAGCGGUUUCAAAAACAUGCGGUUUCGGUGAGCGGAUUCACUGGUUUCGCGUGGACCGAAGGCCGAGUCCUUUUAAAAAAUAUGCAGUUUAAAAAAUAUCCGGAUUCAUUUUGACGGGGCAUAUCAAACAAUGUUUUACUACUUCAUUUCACGGCAAAUUGACGUUUUUUUUACCUUUAGAUUUCUCGUUUUGGGUGGCAGCCAAUAUGCCUCUGGACGAUAACCUACGACUUCAAAUACUGAGCAUAAAUUGUCCCACCCAGAGACUGCGAAGAGAACUAGAGAUUGUGAGAAAGGUAAUCAACACAGUGAAAGUUAUAACUGGUUUGCAUACUGAAAAUUCUCCGGAUCGUCGCAAUCGUAUCGAUUUUUAGGCGGGGGGCGAGGAAGAAGCCGCGGAGGCCGGAGUGGUUGGGACGAUCGGAACUAUCCAUGCGAUUGAGGCGCGCGAGAACGUGAUGGACGCGCGUGUCCAUCCCGUUUCCUCGUACCUAAAUUCUCCCGCCCCCUCUCCUUUCAAACUGUGGCCAUGCAGGCUGGUUCUAUCCGGACGAUUGCGAUCGCCCCAAACCCGCAUCGCGUCAGGAUGAUCGCGACGAUUACACGAAAACCAGGGUCAGCAAACACAGUUGCGAAAACGCGUUCUUUUUUGCGCGCAGAGAACACAUUUUUUGUUUACACGUGAUAACGCGAGGUAUAGAACAUUUCAUGGAGUACAGUCAAGGUUUACUUUUCGAGUUCACUGUUCACAGUCCUCUUGUUAUCCGUAAAAUCGUUGCCUGGAGCGCGUUUUUUUUCUGUCCUCUCUUCCCCCCCGCUAUGAACCCCAGCGUCCGCCCCUUUGGUACAUUUGAAACAAAGAUAGCCGCCCUUCGUAACGGUGAGCUCUCAAUCUCCACGAUUUUACCGAAAAAUAGAGAACUGUGAGCAGUCUACUUUUCGCGGUGAACUCUGAAACGUGAACGUCGUGAAACAUGUUCAUCUUGCACCGUUCUGGUGCAAAUUUUCUCCCAUUGGCGCAUUAAAAAUGUGGCACCAUUUGUUAGAAAACUUUCCUGGCAUAGCAAGGUCUUAACUCUCUAAUUCUUAUGUUGUUUUUAACAGUGCAGUGUCCUAUGUUGCCGUGAAUGUGAAACUAAGGUAGUGGACAAAAACGAUUUGUUCAGGUAAGACGCUUAUUAAUACAAAUGGUCAUUUGUAACCAUUAAUGUCAGGAGCAUAAGGCAAUAGGCUCCUGUUGAUGUAUCGAAUGCGGUAUUUCUUCCAGGUAUAAUAAAUAACGUAAGAGAAAGUCUGUUUUCGCUUGUAGACCAAAACGACUGUGAAACAAGGCCAGAAACGGCACAUACUUUUCUGUAAUUAGGAGGUCGCUAUGCGUGUUUUGCUGUGGUUAUUAGAAAGAUUUAGAAUCGCGUCUACGGCAAACGGUACACGUCCGAGUCUAGUUGACAAUUUCAUAAAUUAACGGGUAAUGAGCAGAUAAAAACUGUCUUAAGAUAAUUCUUAUGGGUGAAACUGUCAUGUGUCUGCUGAAAUCGACAAGCAACGGGAAUUUUGGUCAAAUGGCACGACCUAGAAUUUUUCGUUUACCGUAAACUGUUUUCCAUUUCUCUGUUAAUCGAUAAAUCCCUCCGUUUAAAGUGCGUCAAUGCAAAGAAGAAUAGCAAAGCGUGUCACAUGAUUGCCACGAACGAAGAACAACAAGAGACGAUUUAAACGAUAAAAAAGGCCUCAGUCAGUAGGUGCCUUAACCAGUUUUACAAGUAUCUUUUAUGAACUUAAUUUGGUGUUUCUUUCAAUGAACUUAAAUUCACCUUUUUCACAAAGACCAUAAUCUGCGACUUUCAUGUUUCCCACAAUGCAAUUUGUUUUUCCCUCAAAAUCUUGGAUAAGAAUUGUUUUCAAUUUCUCAGGGGACGAUCAUUAGUCCAAGAGAAAUUGAAAACAAGUCUUAUGCUAAACUUUGUGGGUAAAACAAAUUGCAUUAUGGGUAAAAGAGUGAUAGCCUGGGACCCAAACUAAGCGCGCGCACAUUUAUGGGAUUGUUUGGGGAGACAAGUCGAGCAGCCAUCUCGAAUAUAUGACGAGACAUGCAGUUGUUGUGUGCCUUUCUGCACAACUUCAGGAACUCCCCUGGUCUGGCAUUUUAUAGAAUACCAAAGGCGAGACGUAUCCAGCUGCGUUUUCUUUCCGGUGGUUUUGGCUCCAGGGCAAAGAAACCAUCUCUGAAGCUGUUUCACGGUGCAUUCUUCUCGUUUUUCUCGAGGUAAACUUGUCCCAGGCACAUCUUCUUCCUUCAGCUUCACAUUUUCAUGUUUUUUUCCCUGUCAAUUCCACCUUCCGUUUUGCUAUUUUGAGCUGUUUUAACCCCGCUGAAACAUUCCACGUCGCUUUCCGCCAUGUUUGUUUACAUGCGCGUCCCCCAGAUAAUCCCAUAAAUGCGCGCGCGCCUAGUUUUGGUCCUAGGCUAUCUCUCUUUUCGGAAGUGAGCUGUUGUUUAUUAUUUGCAUGGGCAAACCGGUCGAUCCACGGUUUGGGAAAAUGGUAACCAAAAUUUAGGACUGGUCAACGUCGUCACACAAUCUCGUUUACCAUUUGUACAAAUCAGCUACAUUUGCCGAAAAACGGCAGCGAAAGCCUGAAACUGGUAUAAAAGAUGGCUUUGAAGAAAUGGAACAUCAAACCCGUCCAGAAAAACAGGACUACCUUUUCUUCAGAGAUUCUGUUGCUCCCGGAAAUGUUCCGUUGAAACGACCCAGAAUUAAAGUUGUGCUCAAUUUACUUUCCAACCGGAUUUUCCGGAAACGUUUUGUAAAUGGUAAACAACACUUGUUUACCUCCCCUCAAAAGUUCGCAUAACCAUUGUUUCCAAUUUAUCCUGGGUAGCACAGUUGUCCCAAGAGGAAAAGAAGACAACGGUUAUGCAUAAUUUUGCGGAGUAAACAAGGUGUUUUAUGGUCUAUGUGAAAAUGGUGAAUUACUAUGACAAAAGAGCAACAUGCAUGCUUAUAAAAAUGGAACUAAAUUUUAGGAUCCUACUUUUUGUAAGAAGGUAGGCAAUCAUUAGAGAACAAUUUCUUGAGCGUCUUUUUUCUUUCUUUUUUUUAAAUACACAGCAUGUCACUGGAUGGUCCCUUAGGUGCAUAUGUCAAUCCGAAUGGCUGGGUGCAUGAGACGCUAACUUUCUACCGAGCCACAAGCGUCAGACUAAGAGGAAGGCCAACAGCAGAGAACAGCUGGUUUCCUGGGUAAGUGACGAUGGGCUGCACAUUACAAAACAAACUCUAACCUCCCGCGCAGACUCUCUUAGGGCUUUCGUCUUGAGCGACGAAAGUCGCAAGAAUAGAGAGCUUUAGAUUUGAGUACGAGAACGAGAUUUUAACUGUUCUAAAAAAAAUACACCCGGAAAGCUUUAUUUUACUUUUUUUCGCCAAAACAUUAGUACGGUUAUUUAUACUGAAGGAGGUUACGCCCUCUCCUGAAAGCAAAACUUCUUACAUUUGAAAACUUGUUCCCAUCACGACGACAUUCUCGUUAAAACUCGUAGAAGAAUGACAACGGCUAUCACGUUUUCCCGCCAAAAUGACGCUGGUUCACGCGUGAGCAAAACUCAAGAUUGAUAAAAUCUCUUACUCGUAAUUGUCCUCGUCUCAGAAUCUAAAGCUCUCCAAUACCUCCUGACCGAUGACCCAACCAAGGUGGACUUUUGGAGGUGCAUUUUUUUUUUGUUUUAAAUUGGAUUUAGAAUUGACUGACACGUUGGAGAACAAGGGUGGUGCUGUAGUGAGGGCACUCGUCUCCCGCCAGUGUGAACCGGGUUCAAAUCCCGGCGUCGACGCCAUAUGUGGUUUAAGUUAGUUGUUGUGUCUCUCCCUUGCUCCGAGAGGUUUUUCUCUGGGUACUCGGGUUUUCCCCUGUCCUAAAAAAACCAACACUUCCAAAAUUCAACUCGAUCUGGAACGCACGGACACGUUGAAACGAGUUCUCUAUAAUAACCUGCGAGCAAGCUCUUCGGGGCGCUCUGGUGGCGAGGCGGGAAAAGGUAGGAGAGCUUGCAACUAGGUCCCUGUGACUCCUCGUCGACUGAGCUGUCAGAUUUCUGCCAAUCAGCGCGAAGCGAAAACGAGCGCGAACGUAAACAAACAUUGAAAAACACGUGCCAAGGGUAAUGACGUCAUUAUCAGUGUCAUCUCCGCCAAUCAGCAUUUCGCAAAAACAAACAGGGUUCGUUUUUCUUCAUUUAAGGUAUGCAUGGACUAUAGCCGAGUGUGGUCAAUGCGGAAACCAUCUGGGUUGGCGUUUUACGUCCGUCAAGCGAGGCUUAAAUCCCAGUAAGUUCUGGGGACUCACCCGAGCUUCUCUGAGACCCACACUGGUUUACGAAGAGGAAAGUGAUCCUGAAAACAAACGAACACCAGCUGCCUCACCUUCACCCUGA